GAGCAGCUCCAUGUCAUGGCUGUGAGCUGUUGUCUGGCGUGCCGGCGGCCAGAAACUGCAGCAGCGUGCACGGUUCUUAUUGCCCGACGUCAACUCUGCCUUCCCAUCCAUGUGACCAUGUCCUUGUCUUUCUACACCAUGUCCCAUCCCACUCCGACCCACCUCAGUCCGAUGAGCAGACCGUGUGUAUAGCCAGCCAUACCUUGAGCUUGUACGAGCGUCAAUGGCCGGCAACUUGAUCUAUUUGCACCUGAAAAAAAAAAGUCCAGCCCACACCAGGUGACGCAAAGAGCAAAAGACACGGCCGAGUUAGACCUCCGUCUGGUCUGCGAGCCCACCUGUCAGGAACCUGAGCACCAUUGCUCCAGAGACGCCCGCCCAAUGGCUGCCGCAGCACCUUGGGCAGACGUCCCUGCCAGGGACACCUUCUUUGCCCUGGUGACGGGCGCAAACAGCGGCGUCGGCCUGGGCAUCUGCCAGCGCCUCAUCGACGAAUUCCUCGCCACCCGCUCCCUGACCUCCCACCUGAUCCUCAUCCCCACCACCCGCGACGCCCGCAAGUCGGCCGAGACCACGCGCCACCUGCGCGCCCACCUCCUCAAGACCGCCGCCUCGCCCCGCCUCCGCGCCCGCACCGGCGACAGCAGCAGCCCACAGGACACCGCCGCCCGCGUCCACCUGCUCUCCCUGCAGCUCGACCUGUGCGACCUCGCCACCGUGCACGCCGCCGCCUCGCGCCUCGUGGGCGCGACCCUGCCCCUCGACGGCCACGACGGCGGCGUCCGCGUCCCGCGCCUCGACGCCGUCGUCCUCAACGCCGGCAUGGGCGGCUGGACCGGCGUCGACUGGUUCAAGGCCGCCCACAACUUCCUCACCGCCGGCUGGAUCCAGGCCGUCACCUGGCCCACCUUCAAGGUCGCCCCCGCGGGGAUGACGGUGGACCCGCUCCCGCCGCGGAAGCAACAGGAGGAAGAAGACAGGGGGGGCAGGGACGGCGGCAGGGCGAGGCCCCUGGUGGGCCAGCUGUUCUGCGCCAACGUCUUCGGCCACUACCUCUUCGCGCGCGCCAUCCUGCCCCUCCUCAGCAGGCGGCGGGGGCCAGGCGCCGACGCGGGCAUCCCGCCCGGCAGGCUGAUCUGGGAGAGCAGCGUCGAGGCGGCGCGCGAGCACUUCCGCCCCGACGACCUGCAGGGCCUGGAGACCAACGCGCCAUACGAGAGCACGAAGCGGCUGACGGACCUGCUGGUGCUGACGGCCGACCUGCCCGCCGCCCGGGCCCACAGCGCACCGUACUGGCGGCUCCCCCCACCAUCACCACCAGGCGCUGCUGCUGCCGCCGCGGAGGAGGAGGGGGGGGAGGGGGAGCACCAGCCGCCAAAGGUCUACGUGUGCCACCCGGGGAUCGUGGUGACGACGAUCCUGCCGCUGCCCAUGAUCCUGCAGGCCCUCUGGACCUUCGCGGCGUACGUCGCGCGCUACUUCGGGUCCGCCUGGCACACCAACACGGCGUACAACGCCGCCGUGGCCAUGGUGUGGCUCGCGCUCGCGACCCAGGAGACGCUGGACGCGGCGGGCGCCGGCGCCGUCAAGUGGGGCUCCGCGUGUGACAUCCGCGGCAACGCGCUGGUCAAGGAGACCGAGGUGGACGGGUGGGGGUGGCGGGGCAAGGUCGAGGGCCUCGAGGACGACGACGGGGCGACGGGCCCGCUCAGGAAGAUCAAGGGCCGCAAGAAGGGCGCGCGGCUCGUCACGGAGGAGAGCAGGGCUGAGUUUGAGGAGACGGGGGCACGGUGCUGGCGCGAGAUGGAGAGGCUGAGGCUGGAGUGGGAGACGAGGAUGAAGGAGGCCGGCUUGACCGGGUAGGCAUGCCUAGCUGGGGCCAUGUGAGCCUCUCGAGGAAGAGAGAAAAGUUUACUAGAUGACCGGCGACGACUUUGGUCCGGAUUAUCACCAUGAGUUAACGUGGUUGAACGGCCAUCGCAUGCAUAUAUAAAUAUGGGGCGUUUAUACAGCUCAAAACUAAAAAAAGUACAAUAAUCAUAAUAUUCUGCUCGACAAAAAGCACACAUUUAUUAGCCAGGGUCAUCAGGUAUCCAAGGCGCAUUACAAAACACUACCACGACCGAGAGUCACUGCGUGAGUGGCCCUUCUCAGUGUGGACUCCAACCCACAGGCCUCACGCCUCAGAAGCAGCGUUCUCCGCAGCCAGCCGCUCCCGAUCCCGAUCGGUCUCGACCCGCCUCAGGCGCACCUUGUCGGCGCGGCCAAACAGGCCGAGGCACAGCGACAGCGGCGUGGCAGCGAGGGCGAUGACGGCCUGGAAGAUAAGCGCCCGGUUCAUGUUGUUAGGCGGGUUCGCGCCGGGCCCGGCCUUGAGCGCGUCCGAGACGAUGAUGAAGAUGGCGCCCAGGAGCUGGCCGCCGGUCCAGGCGAGCGUGCUCGUCACCUCGGGGCUGACGGGGUGCGUGACCUCGACCAGCAGCUCCGAGGCGACGGGGAGCAGGCUGAAGCUCGAGGCCCCCAGGACCGCCAGCACGACGUACGGCCCCGCGAUGUCGCGCGUCGCCGGCAUCCAGAUGAAGAUGAGGUAGCAGAGCGCCGUGAUGGGGAUGGCGACUUUGAUGGCCAGUAUGAAGGUCUUGGUGCGGUCCAGGAUGGGCGAGGUGAUGGCCGCGGCGACGAGGCCGACCACUAUGAGGAUAGCACCCGCGAUACCGCUCUCGGUGUCGUCGAAGCCGUAGGGCAUCAUCAUCUGGUUCAGCAGCGAGGAGAUGGAGUUGAAGAAGCCUACGUAGACGGCGUAGGAACCCCAGAUCAUCCAGAACUCCGG